AUGGGCGCAACUUUAGCUUACCUGUUAUAUGUACCUGCCUUUAUUCAAGUAUCUUGCAGAACUUGUGCUGUCGCUGAUCGUACUGGACACUCUCUUCUUCACACCCUUUAUGGGGCGUCAUUGCAGUAUAACUGCAAUUACUUUGUAGAGUAUUUUGCCCUUGAUCUCAUCAUGGACAAGGGUGCUUGCGUCGGCGUAGUUGCGAUGUGUUUGGAAGACGGGACAAUUCACCGAUUCCGAGCAAAGAAUACCGUUUUGGCAACUGGAGGAUUUGGCCGGACGUACUUCUCCUGCACAGCGAUGGUAUCCCGUGCCGGUAUCAACAACACUGACAUGGAGUUUGUCCAAUUCCAUCCUACCGGAAUAUAUGGUGCUGGAUGUUUAAUUACUGAAGGAUCUCGAGCUUCACGUGAUGUUGUAUCUCGAGCCAUGACUGUUGAGGUGAUGGAAGGUCGCGGUGUUGGUCCAGAGAAGGACCACAUUUUCCUGCAGUUGCAUCACUUACCUGCUCAGCAAUUACACGAAAGACUGCCAGGUAUUUCUGAAACUGCCAUGAUCUUUGCUGACGUAGAUGUUACAAAGGAACCUAUUCCUGUCAUUCCCACUGUACAUUAUUGCAUGGGAGGUAUCCCAACGAACUACAAAGGAGAGGUAAUCAGCUAUACGAAGGAGAAGGGUGAUCAGGUUGUGCCCGGCCUAUACGCCGCUGGAGAGUGUUCGGCUCAGUCUGUUCACGGUGCAAACCGACUUGGUGCCAACUCGCUUCUUGACAUUGUUAUCUUUGGAAGAGCUGCCGCUUUAAGUAAAUUUUUGCGACGUUCAGCUGAAACGUCUUGUUCAGUAUUCUUGAGCACACCAAGCCCGGACGGUCCAUCUACUGCGAAAGUUAGACUACAGUUGCAAAAGACCAUGCAGAAGCACGCCGCUGUAUUCAGACGAGGUGAUAUCUUACAGGCAAGUUUUUUUGUUCAUAACAGCAGCAAUGGUCGCAUUGCGUGUUUUGGAUGCGAAGGUGUUAAGAAGGUCCAGGAUAUCUACAAAGAAAUCAAUAGACUGCACGUUUUGGAUACCAGUUUGAUUUGGAACAGCGAUCUAAUAGAAACCCUAGAACUCCAAAAUCUUCUCAUUAAUGGAAUACAAACCAUAGUCGCAGCUGAAGCUAGAAAAGAAUCGCGUGGUGCUCACGCUCGUGAUGAUUUCCCCAAACGCAUUGACGAAUAUGACUAUAGCAAGCCCGUCGAAGGCCAGAAGAAGAAGCCUAUUGAGGAACACUGGCGUAAGCAUACCAUGAUCCACGUUGAUAUUCCUACCGGCAAGGUGAAGCUCGAUUAUCGUCCAGUCAUUGACAAAACUUUGGACAAGAACGAAACUGACUGGAUCCCGCCAAAGAUCCGUUCCUACUAA